AUGAUAUCUGAAAGAGAUGUGCCUGUACACCCUCCUGCAACUGCUGGAUAUCAUGUUAUAGGAUAUUUCUUGAACUGGGGGUUUUUUGGUGCCCUAUGUGUUCAAGUCUUCCUCUUCUAUUGGGCAUUUCCAAAAGACAGACUAUUCUUGAAAUUAGUUGUUUAUGGCCUGUUUGCCUUGGAUAUCAUUCAAACUGCACUUAUCACCAGAGAUGCUUUCUUCAAGUUUGGCACUCAUUUUGGCAAUGUCACCACAUUUGCUUCCCUGGAGAAUCUCUGGCUCUCAGUUUUUGUUAUAAAUGCUAUUAGUGGCACUAUUGUCCAGCUAUUCUUUGCUUAUCGGAUCUCAGUCUUGUCCAAAUCCAGAAUUCUAGGGGGACUAGUUGCUCUUCUGGCUGUUGCUGGAUGUGCAGCUGGUAUGGCAAGUGGUAUUCGGGCCAAAAUCAGUCCACUCACCAAUCUGGGAACUAUUGCUAUUAGUACAAAGACUGAAUUUAGUGUCUGGCUAUCUAUUAGUGCAGCCUGUGAUAUUCUUAUUACAACCUCCAUGGUCACAAUUCUCUCCAGGAACAGAGGCACUGGUCUUAAUCCUGAGACUGAUCAUGCUAUUAAAAAGAUAAUUUGGUUGACUGUUGAGACAGGGACCCUCACCACUGUGGUUGCCAUUCUCACCAUGGCAUUAACUAUUGCUUUCCCUGAGAAGGCCUACUGCAACAUAUUGAUGGACAUCAUUGGAAAAAUCUACUCCAACAAUUUCCUGGUUAUCCUCAACCGGAGAAUCAGAAUCCUGGAUGGAAGGAGUAAUAUUACCCAGUCAGCAACUCAGCAAGACAGUUUCCGCUUCUCUCCCCCAACCACAAAGAGGUCUGGCACAAGUGAAACAACAGAGGUCAAGAUUGAGCGGCAAGUUUGGCCUGAGAACAACUAUUCUAGGGAAGAUGACAUGUAG